UUUGGUAACGAGUCAGUCGAGAGGUAGCUGCCGAGUCGAUCGGAUCAGGUGUUUGCGCGCGCGCGUUAUACAGAUCUUCGCGUCCUACGAAACGUUCCGGUUGAAUCAGCUGGACUUGAAAAGUGUGUGCUUCGUUGAACAUCGUGCACGUGCAAUACUACCUUCGCGGGCUGUUGAGUUGAAUGCAGACAUAGUUGCUGUUUAUGCUGCUGGUAAUUCCCAUGGUGCGGUUGUGUUGUUGAGCGCAGUGAUUCUUCAAGAAGAUAACCUGCAGCAGUUCAGUGGCUUUGCUUUGUGGUUGAACGGAAACCCGGACAGAUAUCUUAGAUUCUGAGCAUUUUCCAUCAAAAAUCGCCAUAAAUAUGGUUUGAUUGGGAGAGCAACUCGUAACUCAUCGUGAGGAGUGCACGAUCUGAUUGGACGAAAUAUUUCAUCUGGAGUGAUGGCGUUCGAAGAUAUACUUAGCUCGACCGAGUUCGCGGCGAACAUAACUGUGGGGGUAGAAUGUCCCAGCCAGUUGCCGACGGUGGUUCAGUACUUAAAUGGACUCGACACGAUACUAACUGUGAUUAUAGGUAUAACGAUCGUGCUAAGCUUGGUAACCUUUGUGAUAUGUGGCAAAAACAUCAGCCAAGUGCUGCGGCACACCCCCAAGAGAUUCAAAACGAAAACCAUCAUCCUGCUGUCUAUAUAUCCGACCGUAACAGCGCUGGCCAUCGUAUCGGUGCUCGUCCCCAAGUCGUACUUUGUGUGCGACACGGUUUCGCAUAUCUACUUCAUGAUCUGCGCCUACAUAUUCUACAGCCUCGUCAUGGCGUACGUCGGCGGCGAGGACGGUUUCAUCAAGUCCAGUGACACGGAAACGUUCAACGUCCGGACGCCACCCUGUUGCUGCUGUGUGCCCUUCCUGAAGCGGUCACCGGUGACCAAAAACAGUUUGCUGUUCACACGUCUCCUGAUCCUCCAACUCCCAAUCAUUCAAAGUAUUCUGUUCUUUGGCCUAAACAUCGUUUUCCUGGAGGACCUUGACAACUUCAACCGCAUCAUUCUCUACUUCGUCCCGUUCAUCGCCGGCUCGAUCCUGCUGGGCGUUUGGGGCCUCAACAUUCUGGUGCGCAUGAUCGCUCCGCUGUACGAGGAGUUCAAAAUUAUGGGCAAAUACGUGGUCCUGCAGGCGGUGCUAAUCCUGUGCAAGAUACAACCGGUCGUCAUCAUGGUGAUCGUGACGUACGUUACGCCGCGGUGCGACUUCCCGCUCGUUUUGCAAGUACAAAAGAAUGCCGUAUUUCAACUGUGUCUGUGCGGAGAAAUGGUUUUCCUCUCGCUGUGGGCCUUCCAGCUGUACAAAACGCCCAGCAACACCCGGCAGCUUCUGGCCAAAUCGGAAAGUACCUAAACUGUCCCAGUAUUUUUGACGGAGAUCUUAAAAAACGCAACGAAUGAAUAGCAGCACUAAGCCAAAUCAGUGUCGUACUUAUUGUGAAUGUGAUUGAAUGUGAUACGAAUCUUAUCCAGCGCGCUAAAUGUGGUGUGAAGAAAUAAAACAGGCUUCUAAUUAAAA